UGGAAGGUUUUAUUAAUACCUUAUUUGGUUUAUUUUGCUGCGUUGUAGUAACUGUUUACCGAGUUGAGAGGGUUUCUUUUCUUUCUGGAGCUGUACAGACUGGAAUUUAUAUUUUUAAUUUCGUUUCAGGUGGCAGCUAGACUAAUUUAGAUGAAAGAGACAUACGAUACUGUUGAUACUCGAGUCGGACGGAACCGAACGGAUUAUUAUUCUGACCAGAUGAUGGCAAACUAGCUAGUUAAUUUAAUUAACACGGAAUUCCACUUGCCAAGGAGGAAUCAUUGCAAGCAUUAACGGGAGCACAGACUUGCUACAGCAUCACUAUACCCGGCUAAACCACAGAAGAAGCGUCGCCACUAAUCAUAUGCAAAGUUGUACAUCUCACCUUUAAUUGACACUAAAAUGGUGUUUUCCCUGUCCACAGUGACUGUACUUGUCCCCAUUAUCUCCCUUUUUGGACUUCUUUAUUCAGCCAGUGUCGAUAAGAAUUUCCCCCAGGGAUGCACCAGCACAAGUAGCAUCUGUUUCUACAGCCUCCUGUUACCUGUCACCAUCCCUGUUUACGUGUUUUUCCACCUGUGGAAAUGGAUGGGAAUCAAGCUCUUCAGACACAAUUAGUACAUUUGUUAAAGUGCUGCCUUGAAAUGGUUCUAAUUCAAGGUUUCUUUUGGCUGGGAGGGAGGGGUCAGUUUUCAAGUUUGCAAAGUAAUCCAAGUGUUACUUUUUACCACCGAAUAUUGUGUAUCUCUUGU